AUGUACGCAACUACUAAUGGAGACUAUGGAAAGUCAUGGGUAUCAACUCAAGGCCAAGACCCCAGAAAAACCACCACUCAGAUAAAGAACUAUCGAGAGAUCGCCGAGACUGAUCUAAUGCAAAAAACUGGGCUAAAACUCUUAAAGGCGAAAAUUAUGAAAGAAAAAGAAAUUGAAGACAUUGAAGCAGGCGAGCCUGACCAGCAUGUAUACGAUCCAUGCAUCCCUCAGCCCAGAAUCACCUCUCUAAAUGUAAAAGCUGAAGAAAUGACAUAUCCAGAGAUAGGCAUAAAUGUUGGGCAAAAUCCAAAAUACAUGACAAGGAAUAGUGAAUAUGGAAGACUUCACCCAAAUCAGCAUGAUUUACCAGCGAAAUAUUUCCCAAUGAACAAUAAGUUCACUACAAGCUUUGUGGCAGAAAGAGUUCCAGAUACUGGGCUGAAUACGUUUAAGAAUCCUAGUAGAGUCCAUUAUUUGUUUGAUUCUUAA